UCAACCUCGACCUUCUUUAUCCUCAUGACCAAAUCAUUUCAAUGUUCAUUCUCUUUAAAAAUGAGUUACCUCCAAACUGAUAUAUCUUUACCCCAUUUCAAGUUUAGUUUGUAGUUCUAGAGGUUGUGUCCUUUUGUAAUUUUGGGAGGCUGAAAAGCCCAUCACCAUCCAAUGUUUGUUUGCCUGCUCAUGGCCCCUCUCCUCUCUCCACCCAUCACUCCCAAUCUCGGCAUCCCCAUCCCCCACUCCGCGGUGUUCCCAACGCCGCUGCUAGCCGGAUAACGCUGUAGCAAAGUGAGAAGCUAGAACACCGAUAGCGUUAACAUAGCCAGUGUCAACGACUUUGAAGAUACCGGAACAAAAUAAGGAAUUUAGAUAACCACAUUUGUCCAUCACAUUGAUUUGCAUAUCCACUCCCACCUCUUCCUCAUUUGCAUACAACGAGAAUGGCGAGCGGGCACCCCACUGACAAAUACAGUUUCAUGUACCAACCAGACACGCACAAGAGUAAGAACAGAUUAUCCAGCAGUAUGAAUCCCGUCUACAGUCCUGUUCAGCCUGGAGCUCCCUACGGUAACCCCAAGAACAUGGCCUACACAGGCUACCCUGGAGGUUACCCUACUGCUGCUCCCACCUACACACCUAACCUCUACCAAACGGGAAAUCCAGGGUACCCACCAGGAUACACAACAGCGGGUACUCCAUAUAAAGUGCCCCCCACCCAGAUGAACGGAGCCCCCCCGCCCUACUCCCCCUCUCCCAACCCCUACCAAACAGCCAUGUACCCCAUCAGAAGUGCCUACCCCCAGCAGAGCAUGCAGAACCUGCAGAACUUAUAUGCACAGGCAGCAGCGUAUUAUGGCCAGCCAGUGUAUGCGGCCCAGCCCUAUGCGUAUUACACCCAGCCUGUGUAUGCUGCUCAGCCUCAGCCUCAUGUAAUCCACCACACUACAGUGGUUCAGCCAAACAGCCUGCCCUCAGCCCUCUACCCCGCCCCGGUCCAAGCCCCUAGAAACAAUGGAAUGGCUGCCAUGGGGAUGGUUGCCGGGACCACCAUGGCUAUGAGUGCAGGAACCCUGCUGACCACACCUCAGCACGCUCAGCUGGGAACGCACCAGCACGUCACCAUGCCGCAGUUCCGGCCCCAAGGUGCACCUGGAUACAGCUAUGUCCCGCCCCACUGGUAGACCCCCACCCCACGAGAAAUCUGAAGUCCGACAUGUUAUGCAACUACUCCAGUCUUACACAGGCUUCUUACGGUCACCAUGGCAACGUCACAUCUGUCUGCAACAACAAGACUAAAGUGUUGCAGAGGCUUCUUACGGUCACCAUGGCAACGUCACACCUGUCUGCAACAACAAACCUAAAGAGCAACGGACACUUGCUGCAUCCUCGAGGGUUUUACAAAAGCUGCUUGAUAUUUUGUUGGUUUACUCAACGAUUCUUUUCUUUUCCUCCUUUGAUUCGCCAAUAUGUCGUGUCAUUACAUCGUUUUUUACAUUGUUACAUCAUCAUUGGAACUCCAGAGUGAUUGACCAAUCGCGAGUGUCUGUUGCUCUGCUCGUGUACUGUGUGCUGCUGCUGUGUGUCAGAGGUGGGAAUGUACUGGCCACGUCCUGCUCCAUCCCUGUCAUCAUCACCAGCUUCAUCAUCACCACCUUUAUCAUCACCAGCUUCAUCAUCACCACCUUCAUCAUCACCACCUUUAUCAUCACCACCUUCAUCAUCACCACCUUCAUCAUCACUACCUUCAU